GUGUUUUAUCAGAUACGAAGCGCACUUACUCUUUGUUCGCCAAGGAUUGUAGAGACAGAAAUUACAGUGUUGUCUGUGAAAAUGUUGGUUUAAUUACUUGUAGCAUCUAAAAUGAGAGUGUAUUGGAUAUGGGCGAGAGCACACCGGAAAUUCUUUAUAACCGCUGCUGGUCUUUUAUAGUGCCUUUACCAUAUAGAGACGCCCCGCUCCGGAAAUAAACAGCCAUGAAAAAUAGUUAAUAAUUAUUUCUAUAAUAAACAACUAAUAACGGGCCGUAUUUAUGGUGUACUACUGUGAAAGUUUACUGAGGAGGCUCGUGAUAACAGCGCCGCCAGGCAGGCAUGAGCAGAGCCGAUUCUGCAGAAAAUGAGGAUUGGACGUGAGCUACGUGCGCAUCCAGGAGUAGACGAAAUGACAUGGAGAGACUGGAAAACAGGGACCUUUUAAAUACACACGGACGCGAGAGUAUCUGUUCCCCACAGGAGAGAGUCACCAAUGGCUCUUGUGAGGCUCACACGGUGAGUACAAUGGGUCUGAACGCGACCACGGCGGAGGAGCUGCUGGCAGGACAUGCAUCUAGAUCUGGAUCCGGGAUCACGCUUCUGAAGGAGUCGAAGAGCAGCUUGCCUUUGUAUAAUGGUGGAGGAGUCGUAUCCCCUGCUCCCACAGCAAAAGAAAGUUAUCAUGACGUCCCUGAGCAGACGCAAAGCGGGUGUUUACAAGUAAACGGACUGGCGGAGACCCCCAAUGGGGCCCUCGCAGUGAAUGGGGACAGGACUUUGGACAGGUCCUUGAAGAAGCCUUGUGGAGAUGUGCGAUUGAGACAACUCCAGCACCAGAGGAGAAAAGAUGAGGAAAGCAGAGACUUUGGGGCUCAUGGUGGUUGUUCCGCAACGGGGUCCGGCUCUAGCGGCUCCUCAGAAAUGUCCAACGGAACGGACCCUACUCAUCCUCCUCUUGAAUGCAAAAGGAGGCGACUUGAAACAGACUCCAAAACAGACUCAAAUAAAAGCACACGGGCUGUUGCGCCCCACACAACCAAUCACCAACACAAAAACUGCGGCGGCUCCUUGUCGCCCUCCAGUUGUGUCCGUCACAAUGGGCACAAAGUUGCAGUGAACCACACGGCCCCAGGGGAGGCCGAGGUGCGAUCCGCACCUUCUGCGGUGGCCACCAGUGCGGGCUGGUCUCCAGAGCACCUGGCCCAGCAGUACAUAGUGCCCUGUAUGAAAUACUACGGCAUUUGCGUCAAAGAUGGCUUCCUGGGCGAUCGCUUGGGCAGCAAGGUUCUAGAGGAAGUUGAGACUCUAAAUCACAGUGGGAAGUUCAAAGGUGGCCAGUUGGUCAGCCAAAAAAACAUCCCAUCCAAGAACAUCCGCGGAGACCAGAUAGCCUGGGUCGAAGGUAACGAACCAGGCUGCGAGAACAUCGGAAGGCUCAUGGCUCACGUCGACGAGUCCAUUAUGCGCAGUGCGGCCAAUGGACAGCUGGGGAAUUAUGUCAUAAAUGGCCGCACCAAGGCCAUGGUUGCGUGUUACCCUGGCAAUGGAACAGGAUACGUACGACAUGUGGACAAUCCUAACGGCGACGGACGCUGCAUAACCUGUAUCUAUUAUCUUAACAAGAACUGGGAUGCGAAGGUUAAUGGAGGUUUAUUGCAGAUCUUUCCCGAGGGCCGUAAUGUUGUUGCCAGCAUCGAGCCUCUGUUUGACCGUCUGCUGAUUUUCUGGUCAGAUCGCCGGAACCCACAUGAGGUGAAACCAGCUUUUGCCAUGCGCUAUGCCAUCACCGUUUGGUACUUUGAUGCAAAAGAGCGGGCUGAAGCUAAGGAGAAGUACAAACUGGCAGUAGGACAGAAAGGAGUUAAAGUGCCCGUCACACAAAGCAGCAAGACUUGAAUCUCAGUUAUUCGAGUGAACACUCAAGCGUGUCCUGUUUAUGUGUGUAGCAGCCCAAGCCGCUGCACGAUUGGCCGCUUUCAAGAGGAGAUGCAAGAAACCCAACAAUCAUGGCUACUUUCCGUGGCCUCAAACAUCCAAGAAGUUUGAUUUGUUGGGCGGACGCGGGACUGCCUUUACAUGAACACCAUAAGCAGACUGUAUAACCAUAAACAAACUUGAUGGUCACGGCUCUGAAAGGCUAGCAGGAUUGGCCGAUUUUCCUCAUUGCGUGGAAAGUCAACAGCGGAAACAUCACGAACGGACUUGAGUAAUUACUGUAUUUAAUAAGAAUUACGAUCUCUAAACUCAAUGCUUGCUUUUCACAACACUACACCUCUGUGUGUAAGUGGGUAGAUGAGAUUUUCCAGUGGCCUUUGUCAUAUCCUGUUUAGCCCUAUGAAUGUGUAACCAGCUUAACAAUGAGACUGACUUACACCAAUGCUCAACUAGAUCAUGACAACUGACAGAAAAUAACCAACAAUCAACUUAUACAUGAAUGCUCCGGUGGACACAAUCCCUUACGACUGAGCCUGAGCCCUAGCAGGGUGAAUUCAUUCAGAAUAAACAGCGCCCUCUGACGGCGUCAGUUUUCACGCAACGCUUUGCUUGCAAGAAUUACGCAAAUCCGCAAUUACGCAAGUCCGGUAGCGCCACAAGCCGAUAUUUGCCACAGUUUGUCAGUUUGCGGCAGACUUUAGGGCCGUUCACGUAGGACGCAUUUUUGUGGUCCGUCUGCGCUUUUUUAUAAUUGUCGUUCUUGCCACUACUUCACAUCUCUGUGUAUUUUCAGAGAUUCACGCCACGAUUUAAGACACAUGGGUUUCAAAAAUCCAGACUGUGUCCCGUGUGAACUAGAAGUCAACCAAUUAUUGACCUGGCCGAUUAUCGGCACCGAUAUUCAAAACCGACUUGCCGAUAAAAUCAUUUAAAAGAAUUUAAAGAAAGUUUUCACCAGAGCCCUUGUUAUUCUUCAAUUUUGACAUUAAUUUUCAUUUUUACACCAGACAUAUAUAUAUAUAUAUAUAUAUAUAUAUCGGUUUAAAAUAUCGGUUAUCCGUCUACUUGAUCUGUAAUAAUCGGUAUCGGUCAACCCAUAGUGUGAACGGCCCCAACCUCAAUUUGUAAUACUUUGCUGGGACUGUACACUGGGAUGCACCAAUAAUUCUGUCCGAUAAUAAAAAAAAAGUGAUAAUUAUUGUCUAAUUAUAAUCGUAUAUUGUAACUGAUAACCGAUAAAUGGAUAUAAAUAUUAAAAUUCUAUAGUAUUUUGUAAUAAUACAUUAAAAAUACACUAAAAACUGAAUUUAGUCAUUAUAAAUGCUACAAGUAAAAUUCAAGUGUCACAACAUCUAUGUACAGUAUGAAAAAUGAUUACAUUUAACAGUGUUAUCAAAUUAAUAGUGUUUUUACAAGUUUAAGUGUUGCAGCAAAUAAAAUUAAAUAUAAAAAUACAGAAAAUGAGCUGCACAAAUAUUCAGUAUCGAUUAAUUAAAAAAUAUCUAAUAUCGGCAGAUACCCGAUAUGACACCGAUAUAUCGUACAUUCCUAACUGUAACACUCAAAAAAUAUUUAGAGAUUCAUAUAUUUGAAUUGCAUAUAAAAUUUCUACUUAUUUGGAUCACAGUUUUAACAUAAACUAAUAAACUAAUAAUGGAAUUUAUAUUUGUCAGUCAUACGUAAAAUAAACACGAAGAUUAUAUAAACCCAGGUUUAUAUAUUUAUCAUCAAUAAAUCCAUAUUCUUUCACUCUGAACUAACUUGUUCCAAAGCUAGCCAUAUUUAACUAUGUAAACCAUACAUUUUAACUGCUAUAUAACAUAGUUAAUGCAAUAAACAGGUUUAUGCUGAUUCUAAGCAAUUUGAAUAAAUGCAUUUUAAUAAUAGAAUUAUUUAAAUAAAUAAUGCAUAUGGUGAAUAAUAAACUAUGCAAUGAUUUUUUAACCUGUUUAUGUUUAUGUAUGACUGACAAAUAUGCAUCACAUUACAUUUAUUAGUUUAUGUUAACCGUGUAAACUAAAUGAACAGAAAUGUUAUAUGCACUCCAAAUACAUAAAUCUUACAUUUAAACCUAAAUAUUUUGCAGCAUCGCUUCACCACGGCAAUCCAUUCACCUGAAAAUGCUCCAGACUGCUUCAUCUCUGGAUAUACAUCCAAAUUGAAUGCUCUUCAACAUCAGUUGAUCAUCAUUUGAUGAAAUAAUGCCUUUUAAAUCCCUAAAACUCAGUUUACCUGCUUUCCAUAGCUGGCAACAGUGCUAUGGCCACAUGCUACAGUCAAUCUGGCACGUUCUAAAGCCUCAUUUGCAUAGAAAGAGCUAUGUUUGCCCAGAAAAUAAAAACAAGGACUGAACUUAAAUGUGCACGGCACAAUAUCCAACCAGCACAUGUCGAACCUGAAUAAACUGGACUUUCACACCUUAGUUUUCAGGUGAUAAUUUAAAGCCAAUUAGAAUUUGCAAACUGCAACAAAAUGUCGAAACAGGGUGUUUGUGACCAUUUUUAAAUAUAUAUCCGCAUUAGGCUAAUACCACUGCAUGCUGUCUUUGGCUUUAAAGGGUCUUUUUAUCGAGAUGCACUUACCUGAGAGCUGACAAUCUCCUUCCUGCCUCAGAGAGGCGCUGUACAGCAAAAGAGAUCAGUAUGGGGCUCUCCUCAAAUUAUGACAACACUUCUCACAGGUGACCUGGAACAUACAACAGCCUCAUUCUAUCAGGUGUCCACACAUGCACUACCCUUGUGCCUACAUCUCCCAGAGGGCAUUGCAAGUUCAUCAGGUGCUUAUAAAGGCUAUGUUCAGAAUGGAAUACUAGCAUACUGCACAGUACACUACCAGUUUUAAAAACAGUAAGCUCAAUUUUUCCAAUAGUAGGAUGGUAAAUGAUCAAAUUAAGUCAAUUAUAAUGCUAACAAUGAUUUGCAUUUUUAAUUCAGGUUUGUGUAAAAAAAGUCUUAAGGUAAAUGUAUAUGAAUAUAUAUUUUAACAUUUGUAAAUAUAUUAAAAUGCACAUGGUAUUACUUCCUGUUCAUUCGUCUUUCUGAAAAAACCAUGUCAAGCACAAUGCUUUGGUCGUAUACUGCACAUUUUGGCAAAUGUUCAAAACAUUUGCAUAUUAUGCACAGUAUACAUGCUGUAUAUUGCAGAAACAGUACGAGAGAAGUGUGCUAUUCUGAACAUAGUCGCAAUCUGAGAACCUGAGAUUUCAUGCAAACAAACAAACAAAAAAAAAAACAGUACAGAGCAGGAGAUUUCCCAGCAUACUAUGACCGAGGGAGUGUAUUUUUGAGCUGUUCUGUGCUUGAGUGCCAUCGAUGGCCAGAGAAGUGAAAGAGUAAAGCACUUUAUCAGAGAAUGUGUGAUGUUUGAAUGAGAAGCUACCGAAAGAAAAUGCUUUGUGCCGUGUAACAGAAUGAAACUUAAAUCAACUGAGAACAAAAACAUGUUUGCUUAACCUUUCUGAGUUUUGCAGUAUUUAAUUAAAAUGUGUCCGAUUUUGUA